AUGCCUUUCCUCCUGGGUCUCAGACAGGACAAGGAAACCUGCAUGGGUGUCAACAAUCAAAGUUACAUAUGUGAAACGGGCCACUGUUGUGGACAAUCCCAGUGUUGCAACUACUACUAUGAACUCUGGUGGUUUUGGCUGGUGUGGACCAUCAUCAUCAUCCUCAGCUGCUGUUGUGUUUGCCAUCACCGACGCACCAAGCAUCGUCUCCAGGCCCAGCAGCGGCAACACGAGAUCAACCUGAUUGCUUACCGGGAGGCCCAUAACUAUUCAGCCCUGCCGUUUUAUUUCCGGUUUUUGCCAAAUUAUUUACUACCUCCCUAUGAGGAAGUGGUGAACCGACCGCCAACACCCCCUCCACCAUAUAGUGCCUUACAUCAGCAGUGCAUCCCAGCAGGCAGCAGUAGCACAAUCCCGGACACGCCAAGAAACCUACAGCCAGCACAGAGCAGCUCAGCAGCACCCAGCGGCAAUAACAGCAGUACUGACAACACCGGGUCCCCCGGCCUUGGGGACCCCGAGCCCUCCACCACCAUGCUGGUUGAACGACCGGUUGCCAAAAUGCAAAGCGUGGAGCCCGGCAGUACCAGCAUGGGAGCUGAGCUAGUGGAGAGGGCCAGUCCCGAUAAGGAUACGGAGUGCAAGGAGGAACUGCUAAAAGGUUACAGCUCUGAGAGCUUAGAGCAGAGCAGCGCCAUUCCUGACACGAAGGAUAAGACGCCGGGCAGGCAGCGCCGUUUCACCGGUGACUCAGGCAUCGAAGUCUGCGUAUGCAACCGGGGCCAUCACGAUGACGACCUCAAGGAGUUUGAUGGGCUCAUUGAUGAUGCUCUGGAUGGGCCCCUGGACUUCUGUGACAGCUGCAGCGGCCACCCCCACGGGGACGAGGAGGAAGGGCUUUUUAAUGCCGCAGAAGAGGAGCACCGCGAACAGAGCCACCACCACCUGCCCCGGCAGCCGGUGUGUGUACUUUUGAACACAAUAAAUGAGCAGGACUCUCCAAACUCUUGUACCAAUAACUCCCCCAGCUAAGGUGGCAGAGUGGAAGGGAAAAUCGGGGGAAAAAAACAAAGAAAUAAAAGUGGAAUAAGAGGAUUAAAACUUUAAAAGGAGGAAAAGGUGAUAUAACCUUCUUUUUUUAGUUUAUUUUUCUUUCCCCCCCUCCAAUAUAAUUCGGGGACUAGUCCUCGAAGGCCUGGCUUGCAGGGGAUGGGUUGCUCUGGGUUUUGUUAAUCGUGUCCAUCCUGCUCUGCUGAUGUUUCUCAACCUUCUAACAAAUGGAAUUUUCCCAAUGGUGAUUUUGGUGAUGGUUAUUACGAGUUUGUUGGUUUUAGUUUUCUGAAACACUGCUUUAUCUCGCAAUCAGUAAAGCUCAGCAAAUCUCACCCUGGGAGGAUACGAAAUCACCGUAAGGCUUCAACCUCCAGGUGUCUUCCCAGAAGCAAGCAGCUUCUGACAGUGCCGGCAGUCAGUAGCCCAAGAGUUCUGGUUUGAUAUAGUGCUCUUGAGACAUUGGGGAUUUCUUUUUGGUUUAGCUUUUUUUUUUUUUCUUUUAGUGUUAAGUUUUCCCAAAGCUGGUGAAUGCCUCUAUACAUCAGCCCUGUAAUCUCUGGUGCUUCAGUGUUUAAGACAGCUGAUAGGAAAUUUCCCACUUGAAGCUGGUGACUGAAGGACCAGCUUCUUC